GAGAAGCCCUUCAGGUGCUUGGAAUGUGGGAAGAGCUUCAGGGUGAGCACCCAGCUCCUCAAGCACCAGCUCAUCCACACUGGGGAACGGCCCUACACAUGUAGGGAAUGUGGAAAAAGCUUCAACCAGAGCUCCACCCUGAUCGCCCACCAGCGCAUCCACACUGGAGAACGGCACUACAAUUGCUUGGAAUGUGGGAAGAGCUUCAGGGACAGCACUGACCUGAUCCGACACCAGCACAUCCACACUGGGGAACGGCCCUACACAUGUAGGGAAUGUGGGAAGUGCUUCAGGCACAGCUCCACCCUGAUCAAACACCAGGUCAUCCACUCUGGGGAACGGCCCUACAAGUGCUUGCAAUGUGGGAAGAGGUUUCAGACCAGCUCCAAUCUCCUCCUGCAUGAGCGGAUACACACAGGGGAGAGGCCCUUCCGCUGCACCGACUGCGGGAAGGGCUUUAACCAAAAAUGCACCCUCGUCACCCACCGGCGCAUCCACACCGGGGAGAGGCCCUACAAGUGUGGGGAGUGUGGGAAGAGCUUCACCUGGAGCUCUGCCUUGACCCAACACCAACGAACCCACCAGUAAGAAAAGCCCCAGGAGUGCCCCGACUGCGGGAAGAGCU